GGAGUACGACAAUUAUGGUAAAUAGCUUAAUACUGAUAUUAAGAAAAAAUAUCAGUGAUUUUAAGUGCAUCAUAUACAUUAGAUAGAAUCUGUGUGUGAAAAGAAGCGCAUCAUACAUUGAUCGCCCCUUAGAUCUGUCGCAAUAGGCGUGUGUUUUGGGUUGUUUUCUCUUUCGGUUUUAUCAAAUGUGUGUGGAGGCGUUUGAAACCCGCGGGUACUUGUCGCGAGCUGCGCCUAGGGAGAAGCAUCAGCGAAAACAACACGAGCACCGAUAGCUUACGGAUCUCCGACUAUCUUCCUUUGAAAUCAUCCCGCAUCUUAAACGUUUACAAAGGUGUUAUACGAAACGGAGUAGCAAACUAUUUACAGUGCGAUCAUAUUUAUCCUCAGCGUAACGAGACGAAGUUUCAGGGAUCUUCUUCAUUACUGUUUAUAAUCUGCGUACGCAGGCUAUUAUAACGGUUGGCAUUCUGCCUUAACCUGCUCUGCUAUUUUCACCUGUAUAUUGUCAUCGUAUAGUUAGAAAAAACAAAUCAAACGUGAAAAUAUUUAUUCCACUGCUUGUGAAUACGCUUCUGAUGUUUACUAUAAGCGUUCGCAUGACUUACUCAGGGGCGUUCCGUGGAAGUCAUUACCGUUCCUGAUAACGGUUCCCGAUUUAUGCCUGCGCUCCAAAUGAACAUUUCAGCAUGACAGAGCAGGACUCCAAAGAUGUCAGUUAUGGAUAUUUUAUAAUCACAAUAAUAGCACCGUUCGCUUAGCAGGUUAUUUAUCAGUUCCUGUUGCGAUCAUUCCUUGUGAACUUUGUGUUCUGGUGUACAUUUACUUCACUAUUAGUGCUGAACCAGAUCUUUCAUUCUCUGUGGCACACACGUGCUGUGCGUUUGUUGAACAUCGUCCUGCAGACAGCUUGUUUCUGAGCUUGAAUGGAGACAGAUGGUGUUACAUAACCGUCCAUACAUCCUUCAUUCCCCUGGCAUUAAAAACGUAUGUUGUUCAGUUGAUGAUGAAAUAUACCGUGGUGUCACUAACGCUGACAAGAGGGCUAGUGAAUUUUAAAAGGGUAAUUAAAACGUAAUUAUUCGAAAAGUCAAAAUUGACAAACCUGAUUGAAAAUAUGCAUACACAGCUGUCAUGCAACUAAAACUGGAUAUGAACUGUUGAAGCUGAGGACAACAUGGGGGCAGUGUGUGGUUCAGCAGAUUGGGAUGCCAUGCUUGUGAUCGGAAUGUCAUCAGUUCGCAGGUAGUUUGCAGACUGGUUUCACAUCGGGCCCUUGAGUGAGGCCCUUAAGCCCAAUUGAUCCAGGGACCGGCUGACCCUACUUUCUCAAUUUUGUAUUACUAAAGACCAAAGUGCCUGCUCAGUAUAUACAGUGCUCAGCUAAAUUUGGGAAGGAAUGGCGUGCAAGGUUAUUGCCCAUGAAGGAAGCCUUUCAGCCCAUGCUGAAAAAGAUGAAGACCACUGGGACUCUAUACUCUGGAGUGAUGAGACCAAGAUAAAUGUUUUUGGAACCGAUGGCUUCAAAACUGUAUGGCGUCGCAAAGGUUUACCUCGGGCGUGAUGCGCUCUUCCCAAGAAUACGAGAGCAACUGCACACCUGCGAAGGGGAGUCCCCGCAGCCGGAUCCCCCGGCCGGUCCAACGUCCAUUCAGCCCCAAGAAGAACUUAUUUUCCCCGGAGGAGACGCCGAUACCAGGGCACAGUUCCGACCCCACUAAGAGUGCCAUCAGUACCAACAGUUCAUGUUCAGAGGACACAGGAUGCCCCAGCAGCCAGCUGACGUCCCCUUCAGUGGGUAGUGCCCCCACGAGGUCAUACGCAGGCAGCGAGCGCAAGAAGAGGAACCGAAAGAGAGUCAGAGUGCACAGGAUGGCGGAGAGCCGCCCCCCUCUACCGAGCGCAGGUGCCGACACAGACCUCGGACCCUCUGGCAACGGCAAGCUGAGACUGUCAUCCACCAGCAGCCCUGCGGCAAAGAGGCCGACGUACUCUGACGGCCGUGCCCCCCCAGGCAGGAGGACCGGGCCUGGGCCCAAGCAGCGAUUGGCCGACCUGGCUCUGUAUGCCCCCUGCAGGGUGGUGCCCCACUCUCCCGUCCCCAACAACAGCAGCGAUGCAAGCUCUUCUGCCUGGAGACGCUACCACUCGUGUGGGGACAACCAUGGCAUUAAGCCCCCCAGCCCUGAGCAGUACCUAACACCCCUGCAACAGAAGGAGGUCAUGAUCAGACACCUGCGGAGUCAGCUGAAGGAGUCGGAGAUAAGAUAUCGCGAGAGGGAGAUGGAGGUGGAGGAACUGCGGGCCCAGCUGAGUCGGAUGCAGGAGGACUGGAUUGAGGAGGAGUGCCACCGUGUGGAGGCCCAACUAGCCCUGAAGGAGGCGCACAAGGAGAUCAGGCAGCUGCGGCAGGUGGUGGAGACCAUGAGGAGCAGCCUGGUAGAGAAGGACAAGGGCAUCCAGAAGUAUUUCAUUGACAUUAACAUCCAGAACCGCAAGCUGGAGGCGCUGCUCCGGAGCAUGGAGGUGGCUCAGAGCGGUUGUCCCCUGGAAGAGCUUGCACCUAGCGCGGCUGGGCUGGCAGCACAGGAAGCCCGUGAGAUGACCGACAGCGGUCUGCAUAUCAGUGACGAGGGGGUCGAUUGGGCUGGUACCCCUGGGCAAGUUCCUAGUGAGGAUUUGGCUUCUGAGUCGGAGGGAUCGGCAGGCAGAGGUAACCCUGUCCCUGAACCCGGUCCAUCUCCUGUCUCUGUGGAGAAGGAGGUGCAGACAGAUCCUAUCCCUGGGCCACCUGACCUCCAGGCCCUCCUGCUCCACCUGUUGAAGCUCCGGGAAGCCAGUGUAACUCUCAUCCCUGAGCCUGUUGAGUUGGCACCCCUGCCCCCGGCUGAUCGCAAACCUGAAGCCUUACCUGACACGGGUUCCCCCAGCGAGGGGCUGUCAGAUGCAGGGGUGCUGGUCAGCAAGCGGUAUUGGAGCAGCAGCUUCCUGGUGGACCUGGCGGCCCUGGCAGUGCCCAUGCUGCCUACGGUGGCCUGGUUGUACUGCACGCACCGGGCCAGCACCGAGCCGGUGUACAACAUCGGGGUUUUGAUCCGCGGCUGCUGUAUGGUGAGCCUUCGCUCGCUACGUCACAUGGGGGCCGGAGUCUGAGAUGGACCACCCCGGUGAUGCAUAUGUGCACUGUACUGGACCGUGGUGCACACUUACUGUGUACACUGUGCUUAUAUGUCUGUGUCUACAUUGUAAGGAUCCCCCUGCAAUUUGCACUGUGUACAGAGGCGGACAGCUGAGGCGACAUGAAGUGGGAGGGAUAUGAGUUCAUUAAUUUAAACUGAUCAUCUGGGCAGAUGGUCAGGUCGCAUCUGGGAAGUCAUUCUGUAUAUUGAGUUUUGGUUCUGUCUUUGGCAGGGGUGAUUAUUUGAAAUGUUAUAUAUGGACAGCUGGAAAAUUUAAUUUAUUUGUGACUUCUGUAACCUCAUUUGAUGUGUAAAAAUGUCUUGUUUAGACAUCGGAACAGCAUUUGUCUUGUUGACCUGUGUUCCCGUGUUUGAUUAAAGCAUGAAUAUAUUAAGUGCAAACAAU